AUGGUCCGAGAAGCGCUUGGGCCCCGCCCGGCCUCCCCCUCCCGCUCCUCGGGGGCUCGUUUUUCCGGCUCUCCGCGGCCGGACAGCCGGCGGGGAAGGCCCGGCGUCCUGGGGAGGAGGCGGCCAGCCCUGGGGCCACCAAGCCUGGCCUCCUGCGGGACGAGCACUGUGUUCCCAUCCCUUCCCCGGAGCCGCUCGGGAGACGGCCGGUCACUCCAAAAUGUACCUUUGGUGGCCCAGCUGUUGGCAAGAAAUAGCACAGUGCUCCGGACUCGGCAGCCACGAAAGUCUCGCUCUGCGUAUUUUGGCAGAAAUAUGAUUCAGAGCACAGGGUUCUGGUUCUGUGGCCUACCCCGGAGACCACAGUUCCCCCUUCUGCUUCUCUUGAGGGUGACCUGCCACGCUGUCGUGGGUUGCCUUUUACAAUCUGCUGCAGAAGGAAGUGUCGACCUUCUGCCACUUUCCAGUAACAAGUCCAACCACGUUCAGGGCUACUGUGAAACAGAAGCUAAAUUGGCCCUCUCUCUCGACUUUUGGACUCUCUCCUCUGAAAAUCUAAUAGCUGUGUUGCCAGUUGAUCCUGUUCAGGAAAAUUAUGUUCGUAAAGUGAAAAACUGUAUUUUUUCAAUUGCCUUCCCUACUCCUUUCAAAUCAAGAGUACUUCUUGCAGCAGUCUCAAAGGAAGUUCUAGAAGAUAUUUUGGAUCUUGAUUUAUCUGUAUCAGAAACGGAUGAUUUUAUCCAGCUUGUAAGUGGUGGAAAGAUAGUAUCUGGAUCUGUUCCAUUGGCUCACCGAUACGGUGGCCACCAGUUUGGGAUGUGGGCAGAUCAGCUUGGAGAUGGAAGAGCUCACCUUAUUGGAACUUACAUGAACAGACAGGGUGAAAAAUGGGAGCUCCAGUUAAAAGGCUCAGGAAAGACCCCAUAUUCCCGAAAUGGUGAUGGUAGAGCAGUACUUCGUUCCUCGGUGAGAGAAUUUCUGUGUAGUGAGGCUAUGCACUACCUUGGAAUUCCAACUAGUAGGGCUGUAAGCCUGGUUGUAAGUGAUGAUGAAGUAUGGCGAGAUCAGUUCUACAAUGGAAAUAUUAUGAAAGAACGAGGUGCAGUAGUGCUGCGUGCUGCAAAAUCAUGGUUUAGAAUUGGAUCAUUAGAAAUUUUGACUCAUUAUGGUGAACUGGAUUUAUUGAGGACACUAUUAGACUUCAUUAUACAGGAACAUUUUCCCUCAAUAGAUGUCAAAGAACCUAAUAGAUAUGUGGAUUUUUUUUCCACUGUGGUAUUUGAGACAGCACAACUUAUUGCCUUGUGGAUGUCUGUUGGCUUUGCUCAUGGUGUUUGUAAUACUGAUAACUUCAGUUUGUUAUCCAUUACAAUUGACUAUGGUCCAUUUGGUUUUAUGGAGGCCUAUAAUCCAGAUUUUGUACCAAACGUAUCAGAUGAUGAAAGAAGAUAUAAAAUAGGAAAUCAAGCCAGUAUUGGAAUGUUUAAUUUAGACAAGUUGUUGCAAGCUCUAAACCCAUUAUUGGAUCUUGGGCAAAAGCAGCUUGCUGCUCAGAUUCUCCAUCAGUACCCUGCUCAUUAUUAUGCAAGGUUUAGAAAAUUGUUCAAAGCCAAACUGGGAUUACUUGGAGAAAAGGAGGGUGAUGAUGAUUUAAUCGAAUUUCUCUUACAUCUCAUGGAAAAGACAGAAGCUGACUUUACGAUGACAUUUCUGCAGCUCAGUGAGAUUACCGAGAGCCAGUUACAGGAACUCAACAUUCCUCAGCAAUUCUGGGCACUGAAGACAAUUUCAAAGCAUGAACUCUUUCCUACCUGGGUGUCCAAAUACAUUUUGAGACUGAAGAGUAACAUGAAUGACUCAGAUUCUGAAAGAAGAAAAAGAAUGAUAACUGUUAACCCUAGGUAUGUGCUGAAGAACUGGAUGGCUGAAUCUGCAGUACAGAAAGCAGAAAGAAAUGAUUUUUCAGAGGUCCGUCUUCUCCAGCAAGUACUUCGGAGUCCUUUCCAGAAGUAUUCUGCCGCUGAGAGAGCAGGCUACGCCUUACCCACUCCUUCUUGGGCUAAAGAUCUCAGAGUCAGUUGCUCAUCUUAAUUUGGGAAAAAUCAAUUAAAAAUACUUCUAUUAUUGAACUUAACAUGGAAUAAUCUAUUUUGUAAAUUCUUAAUUAUCAUCUACAUUUUGAUGACAACCCCAUGUUUAAUAAUAAUGAUUAUAUGCAAAAAUAUUUUUAGCCAAAUAAAUUGGACCUUAUUCUUGAAACAUCUCUGUGAUUAUUUUUGUUCUAAUCAAUAACUUAAUGGAAGAACAAAAUGUUUUUAGCAAAACAAUGAGUUAACCUCAAUGACUAAGAAAUCUUCUGACAGUAUUUUAAUCAAAAUGAUUUGUAGGUAUUCAUCUAGUACUUACAAAAUAUUAUGAAUUUUGGGGUACAUUGAUAAGCAUGUAGUUUAAUUGUACUCCUAGAUGAUUUUUUUCUGUUAUGGAAACAUUUACUGAAGUAGAGAAAAUAUUUUUAUGACUCAAAUUUAUAUUUAACCAUCUUACUAAUUAUAAGUGCAUGGCCAAUCUUCCCUCACCUAUAUAGCCACUGGGUUCAAGAUAUAUAUAAAUAUAUAUAAAUAGCAGAAAGAUCAGUAGAGGAGAGGAAAGGAAACAGGGAGAGGGAGGAGAGGGAAGGGAAGGAUAAGUAUUGGGGACUUAAUUGAACCAAAUUAUAUUCCAUGCAUUUAUAAUUAUGUCAAAAUGAAUCCUAACAUUAUGUAUAACUAAUAUGAAUGAAUACAAAAAUGAAGAAAUUUAAAAGUUUCUAAGGCCCAAUUAUUGAGUUGAAUCAUCUUAAUAUCAUACCAGCCAUUAUUUCUGUGAUCAAAUCAAAUAUGUGAAUCAUAAUAAAGAUCUAAAUGUUCUCCCUUU